AUGGCAGGAUUCCCUUACUUUCAGCUAGACCGUUUUCUGAAGACCCUAGUUCAGGAGAUGAAGAAAAAUGUGGCCAUCAGCGAAGAAUUUGCCAACGAUGUCACUGCAAAAGCAAAAUCUGGAGGAUUGAUGUUUGACCGCAGAGUUGCUCGCAUAGUUACGCCUGGCACGUUGAUUGAUGAGAAGUUUAUUGAUCAGUACCAAAAUAAUUACCUUCUCGCGAUACAUAUUAAUCCUAGCGCCACGGCUGUUCAACUGGAUUCGGACGAUGGGACUACUCGAGGACAGUUCCGUUGUCUUCCUGAAUCCGAAACUAUCGGCCUCUCGUGGCUAGACUUGUCAACAGGGGAUUUUCUAACCCAGCAUACGAGUCCACAGAUGCUCCCAUCGGCAAUCACACGUAUUGGAGCUCGAGAAAUCCUUGUCGACCAAUCCGUUGAUGAGUCAAUCCGGGCAGAAUUGGAGGCCUUAGUUGUCCAGGAACAUCAGCCCAUAACAUACUUUCAACGUCCUAAAGAAAUUAAAUCAUUGUUGGAAUGGAAUUCGAGUUUUGAUUCGCCAAUACCCGCAGAGGAUGCUUCCGUCUUCACCCCCCAGGAGGAAUCUGCUUGCCAAAUGAUUUUGGAAUAUGUUAAGGAGCAGAUGAAGGAUAUUGGUGUGAGACUUCAACCGCCACGUCAAAAGUUAGUCGAGGACUCGAUAUCUAUUGACCGAAAUAGCUUAAGGGGGCUUGAAAUCCUGGAAACGGCAAGAGAUGGUUUUGGGAAAGGAAGCCUCUUGCACGCGAUACGACGUACAUCAACUACCAGCGGCGCACGGCUGUUAAGGGAGAGACUGACUUCACCAUCGGCCUGCAUGAGCACCAUCAACGGACGUCUCGAUCUAGUUUCACUCCUCAUUGAAGACGAGGAUUUGCGGGAUAACAUCAUCAGGUUGUUGAAACGCAGCUAUGAUGCCCAGCGAUUGGUUCAAAAAUUUUCCUUGGGAAGGGGAUUACCGGAUGACCUUAUAUGCCUGUCCCGAGCUAUUGGAGCUUCGGGAGAAAUUAAAUUAAUUUUGGAAGAAAAAUUUACCGCAAUUGACCCGAUAUCACUAGACAAAUCCCCUUCGGGCUCACGUGAAAGCAUCCUGCCUCUGCUAAAUCGCCUCAAUUUAGAAGGCCCUGAAAAACUAUCGCAACGGAUACAAGACUCGAUUGAUGAAGAGGGAUUAUUGCAACAGCAACGUAUGGAUGAAGAUGUCGCAGCUGGUGAAGCAGCUCUGGCUCACAACGUUCUUGUAAACGAAGGUUCAUCUGAAGACCUUGAAGCCAUGCCAAAAAAAGUCAAGAUAUCAAAAGCAAAUAAACCAAAAGCAACAGAGGGUUCCGAUUUCCCCAAUGACACAACUUGGAUUAUGCGUCGGGAUGCCAGCAAAAUUUUACGAAAGUUACAUGACGCUCUUGAAUCUCUACAUUCCGAGAAAGCCGCGCUAACUGAGAAGCUACAAACCAGCUUGGAUACUACCAAUCUUGCUCUAAAGUGGACCCCUGGCCUUGGUCAUAUCGUACAUAUGAAAGGAACUAAAGCAAUGCAACGGUCGCUCGAAGACCUGGGGGUAACACGUACCGUUUCGUCAUCAAAAUCCACGCGCUCGUUUUAUUUACCUGCUUGGACACAACUAGGUGCCAGGAUGGAAGAUAUGAAACAGCAAAUUCGAGUUGAAGAGCAGCGAAUAUUUAAAGACCUGAGGCACGCAGUGAUCUUGAAUUUGGUCAAACUUCGCCGCAACGCCGGUGUUUUGGACGAACUUGACGUAGCAUGCUCAUUCGCAACCCUAGCCGUGGAGCAGGGGAUGGUGAGACCCAUCGUUAACAAUGGAUUAAGCCAUAAAAUUAUCGGUGGCAGGCAUCCAACCGUUAAACUUGGUCUUGAAGAACAAGGUCGCUCCUUCGUUAACAAUGACUGCUUUGUGGGCGAUAAAGAACGUAUUUGGCUCAUCACCGGGCCAAAUAUGGCUGGCAAGAGUACAUUCCUGAGACAAAAUGCUCUAAUAACAAUUCUCGCACAAGUGGGCUCGUACGUCCCCGCCGAGUAUGCAGAAAUAGGGCUUGUGGAUAAGAUCUUCAGCCGUAUCGGCGCGGCAGAUGACCUAUUCCGCGACCAGUCGACAUUCAUGGUCGAAAUGCUAGAGACCGCAGCAAUCCUGAGACAUGCCACCCCCCGCUCUUUCGUGAUAAUGGAUGAGGUUGGUCGAGGGACAACUCCAGAGGACGGAACGGCGGUGGGAUUCGCGUGUCUAUACCACCUUCAUAACGAGAAUAAAGCACGCACUUUAUUCGCGACGCAUUUCCAUGCAUUAGCGGACAUGACGGCAGAUUUUGAACAUCUUGGUCGAUAUUGCACCGAUUUGAAGGAGGAUUCAUCCGGCGGUUUCUCAUUCAUACACAGGCUAAGGCCGGGUGUUAAUCGGCAGUCCCACGCGCUCAAAGUAGCCCACCUUGCCGGUUUGCCCCAAAGCGUGAUUGAUAUUGCCAGAAAUGUACUUCAAAGGAUUCCUACCAUUGAAACGGAGCUUGGGCAUCAAGUGCAAGAAGAUUAUCGCAAGAUGGCCAAUUCUUCGUCUUGA